CACACACAUUCCUGCUGUCACAAUACAUCAAGAUCUGUUCCUCUGAACUUGUGGGAGGAGCAUCUAGCUCACUGCCACACUUCAGCAACCUAGUGUUGUUGUUCACUUCCAUGGAGAAUCGGUCCAUCUGGGCCUGUAAAACACCGCGGAAAACCGGCCCCCGCGGCUUAGCUUAGCGCUUGUGCUGUCCGAUCGUUGAUUGUCAGUUAGAGGAACCGGAGCAGGAACAGAGAGAGAUCCGAGAAGAAAACAGACCGCUGCUGCUGCGUUACAGGGGAGUGACCGACAGUGAUGAUGGCGUCUCUCGGUAACACCGGCAGCGCCUCCAGCCCGAUGGUCAUGCUCGCCCCCAAAACCAAGACCAAAAAGAAACAUUUCGUGCAGCAGAAGGUGAAAGUGUUCCGCGCGAGCGACCCGAUGCUCAGCGUGUUCAUGUGGGGCGUUAAUCAUUCGAUAAAUGAUUUAAAUCAAGUUCCUGUGCCCGUCAUGCUGCUCCCUGACGACUUCAAAGCCAACACCAAAAUUAAAGUGAACAACCAUCUCUUCAACAAGGAGAAUCUUCCAGGCCAUUUUAAAUUUAAGGAGUACUGUCCACAAGUCUUCAGGAACCUCAGGGAGCGAUUUGGAAUUGAAGAUCUUGACUACCAGGUGUCCCUGGCCCGCAGUGCGCCCAUGAAAGGCGAUGGACAGGGAGAAGGUCUUCUCUUCACGUCCUAUGACCGUACGCUGAUAGUCAAGCACAUCUCCAGUGAAGAAGUAGCCGACAUGCACAACAUUCUGUCCGAGUAUCACCAGCAUAUAGUGAAGUGUCAUGGCAGUACACUUCUCCCUCAGUUUCUGGGCAUGUACCGCGUUACGGUGGAGAGUGAGGACACGUACCUGAUCGUCAUGAGGAACAUGUUCAGCCACAGACUCGUUGUCCACAGGAAAUACGAUCUGAAGGGAUCCCUGGUAGAUCGUGAGGCUAGUGACAAAGAAAAGGUAAAAGAGCUGCCCACUUUUAAAGAUGUGGAUUUCAGAAAUAACAUGCAGAAGGUGUACGUGACAGAGGAACAGAAAGAGAAGAUUAUGGAGAAGCUAAACCGAGAUGUAGAGUUCUUGGUGAAGCUGAAGAUAAUGGACUACAGCCUGUUGCUGGGCAUCCACGACGUGGCCCGUGGCGAGCGGGACGAUGAGGAUGCCGAGGAGCCCUGCUGUGAAGAUGAUGCUGAUCCCGAGAACGGCCUCGCUCCGGCUGCACAGGUCGGCUCUUACGGCACGUCGCCAGAGGGCAUCGCCGGUUACAUGAACUCCUUCAAACCCCUGGGCCCUGGAGAAUUUGACCCUUACGUUGAUGUAUACGCUGUGAAAAGCGCAACAGGAGCGCCACACAGGGAGGUGUAUUUCAUGGGCCUCAUUGACGUGUUGACUCAGUACGACACUAAGAAGAAAGCUGCCCAUGCGGCAAAGACUGUUAAACAUGGCGCUGGUGCUGAAAUAUCUACGGUUCACCCAGAGCAGUAUGCCAAACGAUUCCGGGAAUUCAUCUCCAACAUUUUUGCGUAACCACUUCAGGGUGUCCUUAUCCACACUUAUCACAAGGUCACAUUUUAUACCAAAAUCCCGAAGAAAAAAAUGGAAUUAUAUUUUGCAUUGCUGAAAUUAGGCCUAUUUUUUAGAUCCAUCGAGUUAUAUUUCAUUGGGAGAUUAUUUUUAUGACAAUAAAUCACAUUUGCCCCCCCCUCCCCAAAAUUGUCAUUAUGAGCAGAUUUCUUUUUUUCUUUUUCUUUUUUUUUAAAAUACUGUUAUAUAUAUAUAUAUAUAUAUAUAUAUAUAUAUAUAUAUAUAUAAAUAAUACACAUACACAUUACAGUCAUACAGUGCAAAUAAUAAUUUUAUUUAUUUAGAUAUACAAUUUAUUUAUUUUUUUUAAUUAUAUUGAGAAGUUGGAGGGGAAAUGUGCUUAAUUGUAAUGAAAAUAAUUUGUGAAUACAAAAAAAAUAAAUGAAACAGGCUUCAUUUUUAAGCAAAAUAUAAUAUCUCAUUUUCUUUCUUUUGAAUUUUAGGAUGAAAUAUGCACCGGACAUGUUCUUCACAGGCUUUGUCAGAUUCACGCGUUUCUGCAGUUUCUAUCUACCGUCGUCAUAUUGAUUAGUUGAUAUCUUUUAGCGCCUGUUGGCUGUGCUUCAUAGUUUCAUAACACGAUAUUUAAGCAUGACAUGUUGACGGGAACUUCACAUUCUCAUCCACACUACAUCGACUUUCAUCAAGUGCAUCUUCACAAAUGAAUAGAACUAGAUUCACACGAAUCACAACCCAUGUGACACAACCCACAAACAUGGGAAUAUUGCCUGAUCUUUUAAGGAGAUAUGACUCCAAACCUGUAGCAGUGACAUAACUUGUUCUUGGUGUGCUCUCUCUCUCUCUCUCUUUGGACUUUGGAUUGGCAGAGAGAGAAUCCACCGCCUUAACCAUUUGCUGAUCCGAUUCUGGAGGAGUAGCAGAAACUCAUGUUGUCUGAUGCUUUAAGUGCAUGCUAGCUUCACUUGAUAUGCAGCACUAGAAUGUUGUGAGGAGGGAAACAAGAUACUUUGUAAAAUAAAAAUAAAGAAAGAAAUAAAAAAGACCAGCUGAGGACCCUAAGUGUACAGCAAGGGUCUAGAUUAAAGUAAUAUUAUGAAUUGAAUACUGACUGUUUGUAUGAACGGAUGGAGCACACACUAUUAUUUGAGCUAUUUUAUGCAGUUAGCCUUAAUGCUGAAAAGAGGAAUUUUGUAGUUUGUAGAAAUACUUUAGCAACACAGAGCUGAUUUAGUAUAAAAAAAAUGCCUUAUUGUUGCAUUUUAUUUAUUUUGCAAAUCAGUGUUUGGACCAAAUAUAUUUUUCAGAGAUUUCCAAAAACAUGGUUUCUGUUAUUUAUUCAUUUUAGGUUUGUAUGGCACAAUUAUAUCCAUAACAGUUGUAAUUUAAACUGGAUUUUUAGAGCUGUUUUAACACCUUAAAAUGAUGUUACAUAGUGCUCACAUAAUGCACGUAACGACUGUAAAAUGUGCAUUCUUAAGUACAAUAAAACUUUUUUUUUUGCUAUA